CAAUGGGAUGCAUUUCAUCGCUUUUGUCGUCCUCACACUGUAAUUGGCACUGUUAUAGGAAUCUCAUCGGUCUCUCUUCUUCCAUUAGAAAAUGUUACUGACCUGUCCUCUGCAUUUUUCAUAGGACUAUUGAAGGCAUUGGCGCCAUCGAUCCUAAUGAACAUCUAUGUGGUGGGAUUGAAUCAAUUGUUUGACGUCGAAAUCGACAAGGUUAACAAACCUGAGCUCCCUCUUGCUUCUGGUGAAUUCUCUAUGGGAACUGGGAUCACAAUUGUUUCCACAGUUUUGUUGAUGAGUUUUGCCAUGGGAGUUAUGUUUAAUUCUCCACCGUUGUUUUGUGCCCUUCUCAUCAGUUUUCUGCUUGGAAGUGUUUAUUCCAUUGAACUUCCUUUGCUGCGGUGGAAGAGACAUGCAUUUCUGGCUGCUACUUGCAUCCUAAUUGUGAGGGCCAUCGUUGUCCAGCUUGCCUUCUAUGUACACAUCCAGAAAUUUGUACUUGGUAGACCUGUUAAGAUGACAAGAUCCUUGGCAUUUGCGGUGGUUUUCAUGUGCAUCUUCUCCUCUGUUAUUGCGUUAUUCAAGGAUAUACCUGAUGUGGAUGGUGAUAGAUAUUAUGGCAUUCAAUCCUUCAGUGUCAGCCUUGGACAAGAAAAGGUAUAUUGGUUUUGUGUAAAUAUGCUGUUAAUUGCAUACGGGGCUGCCCUGGUGGUAGGAGCUUCUUCUCCCUUCCUACCUAGCAAGCUUUUUACUAUACUAGGCCACACUGCACUCGCUUCCCUUCUUUGGCUCCGAGCUCGAUCUGUUGAUAUAGCCGAUAAAGCCUCUCUAACUUCUUUUUACAUGUUCAUCUGGAAGCUCUUCUAUGCCGAGUACUUGCUCAUUCCUUUUGUACGCUGA